UUCAACAUAUCAAAAUGGCGUCGGUUGUGACAGUUGUGAGUCGGUUUUGUUAUCGAAGUCCAACGCGACCUCUGUUUGUAGCUGGUCUGAUUUUCCUGAUUUUGAUAACGUGGAAGUUCCUUGUUGCUCAGCCAGAUGCAAACGCACUUAUGAUGCACAGCAAGGUCGACAGAACUUGGGGUGGACGAAAUCGAGUCCGACCAGAGGCACAUCUACAUUUACAUUCACCUCUGCAAAGUCCAGUAAAAAGUGAAGAAAGUCGAAAACGAUUGGUGAAUAAACUACCAGAGGUUGAAGAUCUAGGAGGAGCAGAUAAGCAAGACAAGCAAGACGAUUCUAGCAGCAAAGGAGAGAAAGUUGUAGAGGGUGAAACGCAAGAUGGUGGUAGAGUAGAACAACCUGCUCAUAUUUCAAAACAAAGUCUUAUUACAAAAGAGCCUAAUAAUAUCAAGAUCGUUACAACCAAAAAUGAAGAGUUGGUUAUUGAAAAAGGUGUUGCAGUCAAACGAACGCGAUUAAAAAUUCAUAAAGGAACAAACGAUAAUGAGUCUUUUAAAAUGAAUAAAAAAUUAGAUGAAAAUGUUGACAAAGAAACUAUGUCGUCCCAAGAGAAAAGCAGCCAAAGCAAGAUACAGCAUGGUAACCAGACAAUCGAGCUAAAAGAAACUGAUAACAAUGAGCAAAGAUCCUCAAAAAAGAACAAAGGAAGACAUGAAAUAAGAAGCUCAACAUCAAGUGUACUAAAUCAUGUCGGCGUUGAGUCCUUGGAUGCACCAAUAGACAAGGGAUUUCCUAGCAACGGGACUCAUAUACUUCCAGUUCUAACGCAAAUUAACAACAAUAAACAGAAGACCGUUAUUGCUCAAGUUGAUCAUCCUAUUGACGAAUAUCACAUCCUUUUAACUCUUGUAAAAAUGUCACCCAAAAGCCAACUUGCAAAGAGCAUGAAAAAGUUCUUAAAGUCUGUAUGUCGACAUACCAGUAUUACAUUAACACUACAUGCUGUAGUGGAUGACAUUGGAAAGUCGAUUGUAAUGGAGUUUUUUAAGACUUCUACUGGGUUAUGUAAAGAGACGCAGAUUGUCAUUCAUAAUGUGAAAGAAGUAGUUGGUCAACUAAAACCACUAACUCAAUUUCUACAGGAAUACUUCGGUAAGGAGAAUUCAUACUACAAUGAUCCCAUCUUCUUCAUGUCUACUGCAAUGCAUAAAGUACUCCCUGAAAAGCUCAAGCAAAUCAUUAUGAUGGAUGUUGAUCUUAGAUUUGUGAGUGAUAUAAAGGAGUUAUUUGAUAUGUUUCACAACUUCAAAGAAUCCAACAUUAUUGGCUUGGCAAGGGAACAAUCCCCCGUCUACCGUCACAUACUCUGGAAACAUCGGGCUGCACACAAGGGAACUUUAGUCGGCGGUCCACCUCCGAAUGGAAUAACUGGAUUUAAUAGUGGUGUAGUAUUAUUCAACUUGGAAAACAUGCGGAAAUCAUCACUGUACAAUCAUAUAUUACAAGGAAAAGAAAUCAAAAGACUUUCUGAGAAGUACAGUUUUCGUGGACAUCUGGGUGAUCAAGAUUUUUUCUCUCUUUUAAGUUUUGAUUAUCCUGAUCUUUUUUAUACUAUUCCGUGUUCUUGGAAUCGUCAGUUGUGUACAUACUGGAGAGAUAAUGGUUAUGCUGACGUAUGGAAUCAAUAUUAUAAUUGUACUGAACCUAUCCAUGUCUACCACGGCAAUUGUAGAACAUCAAUACCUGUAGAUAUUGAUAGAUAACAACUAAAAGAUUUUUACUUUUAAAUUGAUUUUAAGAUAUACAGGGCAAGUUUUAAAUUAGGGAUGAGAUAUAAAUUAUUUAACUUUUAAGAGGCCCUUUUCCUAUUUUAGAAAAAAUUGUAUUUUACUCACUAGGGAUCUUAGUUAUAGGUGGUUUUUUACAUGAAUAUUUGUAAAUUAUUGCAAUCAGGUACUCUUUG